CGUUCAAGAUAGUGUCGACGGGGAGGCAUCGUUCACGAUACGUGCGUGAUCACGUGCGUGCGUGCAUGGAAAGGAAAGACGACCGCGGUAGCCCGAGGUACGAAGGAGAACGAGGCGGAGCAAGGUGGCUCCGCUAACGGCACGAGCGGCGGUGAAAAAAUGUCGAGCGCCGCGGACAGUCCUGAUGGGAUGGCUUUGCAGUCGCACUAUUCCCUACGAUGGAACAAUCAUCAGACACACAUACUACAGGCCUUCGAGGCGCUGCUGCACAACGAGGUACUCGUUGACGUGACACUGGUCUGCGCCGAGACCAGCCUCAGGGCGCACAAGGUCGUCCUUAGUGCCUGCAGUCCGUUCUUCGAGAGGAUAUUUGCGGAGCAUCCCUGCAAGCAUCCGGUGAUCGUGUUGAAGGAUUUCCCUGGCCACGAGGUCGCGGCGCUGAUCGACUUCAUGUAUCGUGGCGAGGUACGGGUCGGUCGCGAGGAGCUUCCAGGACUGAUGAGAGCCGCUGAGAGUCUGCAAGUGCGGGGAUUGGCGUCGUCGGAGCCGCGGCCGGCGUCGCCGCCGGAAACCCCGACGGCCGAUCUUCUUCUGGGGGAACCUUCCACGCCUGAGGGCGCGAGGCACGGCACCCCUGAAGAGGACGACAACGCGUCGGAGAGCACGGCACCGCCGUCGACGCGGGAACCAGCGGCGGUGACCACCACCACUAUUUUCCACCCUGCCAGGGACCAUCGCGACAGGUUACCGCACAUGGGUCACUUGAACUUCGGCAUCCGCGAGCUCAGGGAGAGCUGCGGGUCGCCGUUGUUGCCUCGACGGAAACAGGCACGACCGCGACGAAGAUCCGGCGAGCUGGUGCCGCAGGAUCUCAGCCGACCGCAUCCGCCGUCGAGUCUCAGCCCACCUACGAGCGGUCUGAACCUGUCCGGUAGCCAGCAACAGUCGCAGCAACAGCAUCACCAGCAACAGCAGUCGAUGGGUUCGCAGAGUCAGCAGCAACAGCAGCAGGAGGACAUGGGUCACCAUCCGCGGGAGGGCAGUCCGCACGGGCCCAACAGGACGCAUCCUUAUCAGCAGCAACAGCAACAGCAAGACUCCCCGUUGACGCCGCGACGCAGCUCCGUGACGGCGAUGUUCCCGCUGGACGGCGUGGCGUCGUUAGGCGGGGGACUGUUCCCUCACGCUGGUGCACUCGACAGGGGAUCCCUUCUGGCGGAUCUACACGAUAGCUUUAAGCCGGAAACGUUGCACGGUCUGUUCGGCGCGGCGGGUCUCGGCGGCCAUCAUCAGGGUAAGAAGCCCAAGAAGCACAGAGGCGACGGUGACACGCCACGCAGAUGGGGGGACCACGGUAGCCGAGGGUUGCCGGUGGGAAGGCCGAAAGGUCAGCACAGCGCGCCCAGGGGCGGACCACCGAGGUCGUGGACGAACGCUGAGCUCACCGAGGCGCUCCAACACGUCUGGAACAAGAAGAUGACCACGUCGCAGGCGAGCAGGAUCUUCGGUAUACCGUACAACAGCCUUCUGAUGUACGUGAGGGGUAAAUACGGGAAGAGCCUGAAGCUCGAGCAGCUCAGGAGGGACUGCACGGGCGCGACGACGGGCGAAGUCGUGAUGAACUCGUUGAACAACAACGUGAAGACCGUCCAGCCGCCCACGCAGAUGUCCCAUCCGCUCGCCGGUCUGCCGCCCCAUCCGGGCGACGACAGUGGAUUCCCUCAUCACUCGUUGCUCGGUGGCAACCUGCCGCAGGGUUUCUUUCCCGAUUUCGCCGCCGCUGCUUUCCCCGUGCCUGUCAGCAUGGUGCAUCUGCUACCACCUAGCGAACAGAAGGCCUUCGAACCAACCGGGAAUCCCGGCGGCGGUGGCAGCGGUGGCGACCUCUCCACCACGCGGAGCAGUCGAACCCCGUCGCCGGUCGAUCAUCAUCACCAUCACCAUCAUCACGAGUCGCUGCAACCGCAACCGCCUCAGUCGGCGCCAGCGCUACUCCAGCAAAAUGGUUCGGAUUAGAAGCAAAAUCGUUUUACUCGUGGUCAUAGGUAUGCGCGGUGACGCUUAUUAUCCUCGUCGAUGGACCACGGACACAUAACUGUCCGAUAAAACCAUCCCGUUAAACGAAACCCUCGACACGUACACCCACACUCGAAAACACCUACACAACGAACGUAACACACACACACACACACACACACACACGCCCCCCGAUUCUUUCCGCGAGAUUGUUCUCUUUUUCACAAGACUGACUAUCACCAAUUACAGCUCCCGGGGUAAAUUCGACGGACGUUAACGCCCUGCUCAAUCCACGCUUAAGCCACACACUGUUGCCACGUUUCGCUUCUCGAUUUUUUUUCUUUACGUUCCCAUCGACCUUCUUUGUCUGUCUUUAUCCGGUGGACGAAAAUAUUGACG